AUGGCAGACCGUCGAAAUUUCGAGGCAGUAAAGGCCCAGCUCGUGGAUGACCUAAAUAUCGAUCUCGUACGAAGAGGCACCCCAAAAGAGCACGUCGACCGAAUCCUAAAAUGUCUAACAGUCAAUAUAGCCGGUGGAAAAUACCUCCGCGGACUCUGUGUCAUAGAAACGGGGUUGAUGAUCCUCCAACGACCGCUGACCGACACCGAGUUCCACGAACUCGGCAUGCUAGGCUGGAUGGCGGAAAUCCUACACGCCUCCUUCCUCAUCUUGGACGACAUCCUCGAUGACUCCGACGUCCGCCGCGGUCAGCCGUGCUGGUACAAGCGUGAGGGUAUCGGUCUAUCCGGCAGCCUCGACUCUAUCUUACUCAGGUCAUCCAUCUUUAUAUUGCUGAAACAGCACUUCCAAAGUCACCCAGCGUACUGCGACAUGCACGAGCUGCUCUCAGAGACUUGUUUCCAAACUGAUCUUGGUCAGAUCGUCGACACGGCCGCUGGAAACGGCCACAUCGCCCUUGACGUUAUGGAUAAGGAGCUGCUGUCUUUUGUCGCGGCGCACAAGUCUUCCGCUUAUACGUUUUGUCUGCCCGCUUUGCUAGCGCUGCACUAUCUGCAUCGUGCCAGUGCUGGAAACCUCGCGCAAGCGCAGAACCUUCUUAUGCGCAUUGGAAACUACUACCAAGCCCAGGACGACUUCCUCGAUGUCUUUGGCAAUCCUGCAGUGACGGGUAAGAUAGGCACUGAUAUCCAAGAUAACAAGUGCACGUGGGUGCUAGUGCAGGCCAUGCGGUCAGCCAACCCUGCGCAUCAGGAGGUGCUACGGUCCUCAUAUGGUCGUAAGAGCGCGAUAGAUGAGACUCGGGUGAGGCAGAUUUUUGCGGGGCUAGAUAUCAAGGGGAGGUACCUUCAGUUUGAGGACAGGACGUUGCGCGAGAUUCAGGAACAGAUCGAGAAUUUGGACGAAAGUGAAGGUUGA